AUGCUCACCAACAAUGAAACGUUUGUGACAGAAUUCAUAUUUCUGGGCUUCUCCAAUCAACCAAGAAUACAGGUGAUCCUCUUUAUGGUGUUUCUGGCUUGUUACCUGCUUACUGUCUUUGGGAACCUCAUCAUCAUCUCGGUUGUCAGAGCAGACCUUCGCCUCCAUACCCCCAUGUAUUUCUUCCUUCUUAAUUUGUCCAUCCUAGACAUCUUUUAUGUCUCUACCAAUGUCCCCCAAAUGCUGACCAACCUUGUGACCAGGAAGAAAACCAUCACAUUUUGGGGCUGUGCGAUUCAGAUGUAUUUUUCGCUGUCAUUUGGCAUGGUGGAGUGCUUUCUGCUUGGAGCCAUGGCUUAUGACCGAUAUGUGGCAAUCUGCCAGCCUCUGCAAUACACAGUCACCAUGAACUGGAAGCUCUGCUUUCAGUUAGCUGCCUUCUGCUGGGGCAACAGUUUAAUGAGCUCACUGAUAAUCAACAUCUUCAUCAUACAGUUGCCAUUCUGUGGUCCUAACGUCUUGAACCAUUAUUUCUGUGAGGUUCCAGCUGUGCUGUCACUGGCUUGUACUGACACAUUUCUCCCUGAAAUGGUUGUGUUUGUUUUCAGCAUCAUCAUUGUCUUCAUUCCCUUCCUUUUAAUUAUUGUCUCCUAUACCUUCAUUUUCUUAGCUGUAUUGAGGAUACGGACAGCCCAAGGAAGGUCCAAGGCAUUCUCUACCUGUGCAUCCCACCUCACUGUCGUAGCCAUAUUUUAUGGAACGGCCAUUUUCAUGUACAUGCGGCCACGGUCAAAGUCCUCAAGAGACAGGGACAAAGUGAUUGCUUUGUUUUAUACUGUUCUCAUGCCAAUGCUCAACCCUCUGAUCUAUAGUCUCAGAAACAAGGAUGUAAAGGGUGCCCUAAGGAGAUCACUGAUAGCCACCUAA